UGUGGGGGCUCGUCACACUCGUCGUGCUGCCCUUCGCAGUCUUCGCCCGGCUUGACGACGAACAGGGCAGGCGCCAGUGCGUGCUGGUCUUCCCGCAGCCCGAGGCCUUCUGGUGGCGCGCGAGCCGCCUCUACACGCUCGUGCUGGGCUUCGCCAUCCCGGUGUCCACCAUCUGUGUCCUCUAUACCACCCUGCUGUGCCGGCUGCAUGCCAUGCGGCUGGACAGCCACGCCAAGGCCCUGCAGCGCGCCAAGAAGCGGGUGACGUUCCUGGUGGUGGCGAUCCUGGCCGUGUGCCUCCUCUGCUGGACGCCCUACCACCUGAGCACCGUGGUGGCGCUCACCACCGACCUCCCGCAGACGCCGCUCGUCAUCGCUAUCUCCUACUUCAUCACCAGCCUGAGCUACGCCAACAGCUGCCUCAACCCGUUCCUCUACGCCUUCCUGGACGACAGCUUCCGCAGGAACCUCCGCCAGCUGAUAACUUGCCGCGCGGCCGCCUGACUCCCCCAUCGUCCGGCUACGCAAAUGCCCCGCCACCCCUGGCCCGCGCAGGAGGAGCCGCUGCCAGAGUGCGGGACCCGACAGGCCUCCUAGGCCUCCUGGGGAAACUGACUCUCUCCCCCAUCCCCUACUUAGCAGAUCGGAAGCGCUGCGGCUGCGCCAGCAGGUUGACCUUGCCCUCCAGGUGAUGCGCGUCCACGCCGCGUGAGCAGCAC